GCUGCUAUUGAAUAUAAUUUAAAGAAUUUUACUUCUGCAUGCGAAGCGCUUACGGAUAUGCCUCCAAGAAGUGAAGAAGAGUUAGAUCCAGUUACUCUUCAUAAUAAAGCACUUAUGAAUAUGGAAAAUGAUCCAGCUGGCGGAUUCCAGAAGCUUCAAUUUUUAUUGCAACAGGAUUCCUUUCCGCCGGAGACAUUUGCCAACUUACUUCUUUUAUAUAUUAAAUAUGAAUAUUUCGAUCUAGCAGCUGAUGUGCUCGCAGAAAAUAUGGCUCUUGCAAGCGAAUAUCUUCAUUCUGAUCUUUACGAUUUUAUAGAAGCUGUGAUACUCAGACAGAAUGCUCCGCAAGACGCUUAUAAUCGUUUGGAUCAAAUGGCAGCCAAACAGACUGAACACCUUAGAAGGCUGACUAAAUCAGUUCAGGAAGCAAGGCAAGCCCAAGAUGAUGAGGCUGUAAAAAACGCGGUUACAGAAUAUGAUUCUGCUUUAGAGAAAUAUAUACCUGUGCUGAUGCAACAGGCGAAAAUUUAUUGGGACAUGGAAAACUAUCAGCAGGCAAUAAAAUUUACCAAUUAUCAGCCCUAUAUAUUGAUGUUUUGUCUUGAUCUUCUUACACCUGAUAAAUCAAAUAGCAAAAGUAGUGAUGAUUAA